AUGAACGACUCCCAAUCGCAGUCCUUGCCGCUCACCACCCAUGCAUCCCCAGCCUUGACACCCGCAGCGCCGUCCGAGCAGGACAACAACCGCUCUCCCGCUUACCCCGACCUACUGGGUGCUCCGCCCGUCCCGCCGCCGAGGACGUCGUCAACUCACCGCGGUCACCAUGGUUCGAGUGCAAAACCCUCCUCAUCCUCCGCCGAAAAUUCCUCGAGUUCUCGUCACGGAAAGAACAAAGCCGAUGACCGGAGUGCAAGCCACCGUGAGAGGAAGGGGGAGGACAGCCAAUUUCGCCCGGUGAACAUGCCCGAGGAAUACCCGCAGGGUCCGAGCUCCCACGCGCCGGGGGCACCGUCUUCGGAGGAUAACAUGGAAGGUUAUGCAGGCCAGGGCGAGCUACAGAAGGAGUCUAGCGCAGUACUCAAUCAGGUCCUGGUGAGUGAUCCGUCUGUGGACAUCGAACGGGAGCAGGUCCGGCAGGCCGGCUCGUCGGUAUCCCCAUCGACGGAGAGCGCUCCGGCAUCCGGGUUGGGCUUGGUGGGAAGCGAUGGUGUGGAUGAUGGAGGUCGAGGUGGACUACGAAGCCGGCACGACUACUCGGAUCAUGCUGUCAAGCGCAAGGAGACGACGUUUGGUCAGUACAUUCUUGGACAGACGCUGGGUGAGGGCGAGUUUGGCAAGGUGAAAUUGGGGUGGAAGAGAGACGGCACCAUACAGGUAGCCAUCAAGCUCAUCCGCAGGGAGUCUCUUGGGUCAAAUCCUAGCCGGUUACCCAAGAUCUACCGCGAAAUCUCAAUUUUGCGUGACCUCGCUCACCCGAACAUCGUUCGGCUCCACGAGAUGGUCGAGACGGACCGUCACAUCGGUAUUAUUAUGGAGUACGCCUCUGGGGGUGAGCUCUUCGACCAUAUUCUGAACAAUCGGUACCUCAAGGACAAUGCCGCUCGUCGCCUGUUUGCGCAACUCGUUUCGGGUGUCGGGUAUCUUCACAAGAAGGGUAUUGUCCAUCGUGACUUGAAACUGGAGAACUUGUUGCUGGACCGGAAUCGCAACAUUAUUAUCACCGAUUUUGGUUUUGCGAAUACGUUCGACCCCAUGGACGAAUUGGGUGAUGAGAUCGAAUAUAACCUGACGAACAAGGAGUUUGUUAAGCGGAUGCGCUUGGACAGGCCCAACGCCAAGGGUUUAAGGCGAGGUGAUCUGAUGCAGACCAGUUGUGGAAGUCCUUGUUAUGCCGCGCCGGAGCUCGUGGUCAGCGACUCGCUAUACACUGGGCGCAAGGUCGACGUGUGGAGCUGUGGCGUGAUUUUGUAUGCUAUGCUCGCGGGAUAUUUGCCCUUCGAUGAUGACCCGGCGAAUCCGGACGGUGAUAACAUCAACUUGUUGUACAAGUACAUUGUCACUACCCCUCUAACAUUCCCCGAAUAUGUGACCCCCCACGCUCGCGAUCUUCUGAGGCGCAUCUUGGUGCCUGAUCCUCGGAAGCGCGCAGACCUGUUUGAGGUGGCCCGGCACAGCUGGCUCAGCGAGUACUCGCACAUUGUUUCCCACAUCACGAGCAGUACGACCAAGGUUGCGGACAUUGCCACAACCACCGUCACUUGGGGUAUGGAUCCCGCCAGGAAUCCUGCAGGCUCUGCCACUAACCCGGUGUCUCGGGCAGAACCGCACAAGGAAGUGCCGUCGCUGGCACGCAGCGCAUCCGUUCGGGAGCCUCCGAAGACAUACAACAAUAGCCCUGUUCCCUCGGUGGGAGGACUGAUCCACCAUGCAGGAGACAUUUCCCAAGAGCAGGCGGUCGAACGGUCCAAGACUCCUCGAGACACCAAACGACGAACCGUGCAGGUCGAAUAUGUUGCACCUCAGUCUCAAACUGCGCGGGGCGAGGUCCCUACCGGAGUGGAUGCAGGUAUCGCGGAGCCAGCUGGGCCGUCGGAGCCUCGACCGACGAGAGCCAGGUCAAAUAGUCGGCCCAUCGUGCCUAAUAUGCCGUCGGGCACCCUGGCCCGUGAUAUGUCUGGCGCGUCCAACGUGCGGACUGGAGAGCCAAAGGCAGCCGCUGGCCCGGCGCCGGCACCUGCUCCUGGGCACUUGCCUCGCUCAACGUCCGAUACUUCUGCACUCACUGGGACGGCACCAACAUCUGCGACCCAUGCCACCCGCCCCACUACCGGUGGCUCCAUGGCCUCGUUCAACGCCGGUCGUUUGCCAUCACGAGGCUCUUAUGGACAGCCGGUUGCGCCAACUGUGGCCGCUACGAACGCCCAGGGUCGGCUCGCACAACCCAAGAGCAAGCAAUACGUUAUCUCCGCCCCUCUCCAGCAAGAUUCGUCGUCCCAACAGUCCAUUGGUCAACCAAGUACACAGAAACUGCCGGCUAAGUUCAACACGACACCCCGACAAGAGCCCCCGAAGGGCCACAAGCGAUCCAACACGGUAUCAAGCAUUGGCGAGAAGCUGUUUGGCCGCUCUGGUUCCAUUUUCGGAGGGCGUGGUGGACAGGGUAGCGGUCCUCGACAGAAGAAUGGCAAGCGUUAUCCGCCUACGAGUAUGAAGGAACCAUACGGUGGGGAUGACACCCGGAUGUCGAUGGAUUCACGACGCUCCAUGCAAUAUGGAUAUAACCGUAAGACUAGUGAAUCUGGUGCGGAAGGCCGGCCUCGAAGGUUCUCAUUCCUACCGCCAUCAUUCUCCCUGAAGGGAUUCUCUUCCAGCAGAUCGCAAACUCCUGAUGAAGAGUCGCAAACAGACCGUUCGACGGAAAACCGGGUCGAACCACGUCCGUCGACCAGCACAAUGCAGGCUCGUUCGCGCGCAGCUAGCUAUGGGACACAGGAUGCCAUUGGAGCGGCGCCUGAGGGUGCUCCGGGAGACGAAAUCCUGACCCAGGACGAACCCAUCAACUACCAGGCCCGGAUUGACCAACAGUUUGCCGUACUACACUCGAACCAAUCUGGAAUAUACCAACCGACCUCUUACAGCGCGACCUCGGCCGAGCAAGUGUACCAGAAUGAGAAUGAACAUUAUUAUCGCAACCAGUACGCCAACCACUCAGCACCCAACCACUACGAGGAAUACUCCGCCCCGUACGAUAAGACGCCACGGCCGUCAAUGCAGGCUGGUCGACCUGGACGAGGCACUGGCGUCUUACCCAAGAACCACCGGAAGUUCGCAGACGCCUACGAGUACGAACGCGACUUGGCGCACCGGCCUGGCAGCUCUGGCGCCGCCAGAAAAGUAAUGGAUUUCUUCCGUCGACGAGCAAAGUCGAGAGCCGGCGAUGACCGAUAG